AUGAACGAGAUAACGGACAGUAUAAAUCUUCUCAAUUUAGACACUUGGAAUGCUACGGAGACCAGUAUUCUCUCUUACAUUAAAACUCCCAUUCAAAACACAUUCUUUGCCAAUAACUCUGAAUUAAUCGGUACAGCACUUCGACAAUCAAUCAUUUACUUCGCAGAGACAUUAAACACAACAGAUCGAUUGUCCUGCACACUUGGCAAUGAAUUCCGUUCAACGCGUACACAUAAAUACCAAGUUCUAUGUCCACCAGACAAUAAAACGGGUGAAACAACCACACCAAUGGAAAUUACAACAUUCGCACCGAUUGCUUUCGAGUACCUACGAACAAUCAUUGGUAUAUCACGAAAUGAUUUUCAUACGUCAUUCGAUCAAGGUGAUUUUAUUAGUUUUGCCAACACUGGACGAUCCGGGUCACAAAUGUACAAAACACAAGACGAUGCUUAUGUCAUCAAAACAUUACGUGAUCAUGAAGCUAAGCUUCUACUUCAAACUCUUUCGGGGCUCUAUUUACGCUAUUCUCAUACAUGUUCAUUAAUGACACGAUAUGUUGGUCUAUAUUCAGUUAAUAUUCGUUCCAUAUUUUCAUCGGAAAUCUAUUGUGUGGUGAUGCUCAAUAAUCUACCAUCAGUUCUCGACGUUCAUGAAGUUUAUGAUCUCAAAGGAUCAAGUGUUGGUCGCUUCUCAAGCAUCGAUCUUCCAUUAAAACGAUUGAAAGCAUUGAAAGAUCUAGAUUUUGAAUCAUUUUAUCCAUAUGGCAUCCGUCUUCCACAUGAAAUCUAUCGACGAUUGCGAUUAACAUUAGAAAAUGAUAUAUUUGAUUUACGAAAAAUGAUGAUUACAGAUUAUAGUUUAAUGUUGGGUAUCCACCAUCUAGAUGAUUAUCACCGUGACAAUGAAAACGGUGAUGGACAAUCGAAAGUGAAACUGAGACCACAAUUAGGCAUCAGCUCAUUUCUAGCUGCAAUCAAUAUUGAUCGAGCAGCCAUUGAGUCACCUAAUCCGGAAGAAAAAAACGAAACGGACAAUGAGUCAAACGAAAAGUUUAUUACUAAAUUCAUUAUGAAACCUUUACACUUAAUCGCUUGUCCACAAGAAGAUACAUUUACUGGCAAUACAAUGGCAAGUUCAUUAUUAGGUAUUCCUGGCCUCACUCAUGAUGGUCAUCGUGUUCUUCUCUAUCCAGCUCUGAUUGAUUGUUUACAAACAUUUGAUUACUUCAAACGUGUGCAACAUACUUUACAAAAUCUUCGCGAUCCAAAACGUGGUGCAGAAUAUAGUGUCAUUCAACCCGAUGAAUACGAAAAACGGAUUCUUCGAUUUUUAUUCGAGAAAGUUUUCGUUGACUCAAAACAAACACUAGAAGAACUUCUCGCUUCACCUAAUAUAUGCGAUACACUUCCAGAUAAUGUUAACAUAGAACGAUGUCAGAGCAUCAAUGAGCGCUUAACUCAACCACGAGAAUCGUUUGAUAUUAUUCAAGAAUCAGAUGUCAAAUAUAUUGAAGAAACCAAUGGAGAAGCUAUUCAAACAACGGAAGUCAUCCAAAGUUUAACUCUUCAACCGUUGACACCGGUGGGACUUCAAUAG